AUGAAUACACAAGGCCCUGCUUCAACACAGCCACGGCAGUCGGCCGUGCCCCGCGGUGGAUCUGUAUCGGGUGACCACGCUGCCCGGCCCGUGCCCACACCGCCUCGGCGUCGAUCCGGUGCACCCACCUCCAUACCCAACUUUCCUAAUCCCCACGACCACCGCAACCCUUCUCCAGCGGCCACACUCCCCUCCUCUCCCAUUCGUUCGCCCGGACCAAGCUCGCCACCGCAAUCACCACCCACUUCGAAAGCCACUCCGCACAUGUCAUUCAAAUUACCGAUGACUCAGCCGUCCUUUCUCGCCACUCCGGGGACCGCGCAGUCGCCCUGGCAGAUGCUCGGGGCGACGUCUGGCGCGCCUACUCCCUCGAUUGACGGACCGGGCCGCGGCAGUCCACAUCUCGGCGGGCCUUUUGAGCAGCUCAACUUGAAUGGAAGCUGGAGCGGCGGAAACCUGUUUGCGGAGCCUUCUGGAUCGGGGACGGAUAUGCCUUCACUGGCUCUUCCGUCCAGAUCGGGUUCGCUAAGUGGCGGAUCAGGGAUGAAUGCGGAGAUGCUGGCAAAGUAUAGGAAUAUGGCCGGGAGGGCGUCAGCGUCAGGAAGUGCCGGGACGGCGAGCGGGUCUAGCGGGAGUGGUACGCCGAUGGAAGGCAUCGAGUCGUCCGGCAACGUACUGCCGAAGCUCGCUCUCCCCGCCUCCCUGGCUCGUCGCCGCGGAUCAUUACCUAAAAACGCACUCGGCGUACCCAGUCCCCCUGCUCAACAUUCGACUAAAGCGCCCAGCCCCCUAGGUACCGGUGUCGCCGAUCUACCAAAACCGGGCCUUCGACCUCUCGCCGCUGGGGAAGUCCCCAAAUUCCUCGCGCAGCCACGCACCCUCGUCCUCGACGUCCGCCCCCCAUCCGCCUACCUCAUCAGCCAUAUCCCGUCCUCCCAUUCCGUCCCCGUCCCAUCUACCCUCCUCCGCCGACCCGCCUUCACUGUCGCCAAGGUCCUCCUCAUGCUCUCUCCCGACAGUCGCGAGGCCGUGUCUGACUGGAAAGAAAAAUCGGAUAUCGUCCUUGUCGACGUGGACUCGACGACCGCCGGCGCUGGGAGCUUGAUGGAGGGAUUAGCGGCCAAGUUUGAGCGGGAAGGAUUCAAGGGGGUCAUCUGGUUCAUCAAGGGUGGGCAGGCUGCUUUGGAGGCGAAAAAGCAGGUUCAGAUGGUGGGCAGCGAGGAAGUGGCCGAGUCGGACGGAAUGACCUCGCCUGGUCCAGGUGCGGGAAUGGCGAGUCCCAGUGGAAACUUUUCUGCAGGCGGUCUCGGGUCGUUUGCAUUCUUGCAUGGCUCGACUGGAAGCGGAAAUCCCGUCCCUCGAAACCAGAGCGGUGGUCUCCCUUUUACCCCUUCCGCCAACAACCGCGCCAACCCCUUCGACUCGAUGUCGGUCAAAACCCAGCCGCUCUCGCUCAAGAGCAUGGCGCUCGGCGCGGUCGCUCCCGCCGCUUUUUCCUUCAACGGUUCUGCAUCCUCUACGGGCAGCGGCAGUCGGCCUAAACUCCAACCCGCCAACCCCUUCUUUGAUAAUAUCCGACAAAACCUCGAGCUCUCCCAUGGCGGUAUCACGGAACGUAUCCCCCUCUCCCUCUCGGCUGAAGAGCAACAACGGGCAUCGGAAUUACCAGACUGGCUGGGCAAGCUCGUCGGUGCGAGUCCGGCCGAAGGGGCCGAGCGGAUGGCGCAGCAGUUUUACAGGGUGGAGAGGAAUGAGCAGAAGCGGCUCCAAGCGCUCAUGGACUGGCAUAGUCAGGGUUCAGGGGGCGUUCUGCCACAUACGACAGAGGAUGAUUUGACCGAGAAGGGGCAGGCGAGUACCUGGGCCAAGCAGACCAAGCGGGAUCAGGCGGAUGUGGAGCGGUUGGAGGGAUGGCGGGUGGGUCAGGGGUCAACGGGGGCGGAUGGAGAGGAGUAUUACCCGUUUUCGAUUACCGCUGGGGUGGAGCGAGGGAGUAAGAAUCGGUACAAGAACAUAUGGCCGUACGACUUUUCUCGGGUCCGACUCGUCACGCCUUGCGAGGACGAAAGCGACUAUAUCAACGCCUCGUACAUCCAGCCAAGAGGGACGUCGAGGCGGUACAUCGCUACUCAGGGUCCACUGGACGCUACUUUCCGGGACUUUUGGACGUUGAUAUGGGAACAGGACGUCCGGGUUAUCGUCAUGCUUACAAAGCAAUUCGAAGGCGGUCUCGUCAAAUGCGGCAACUACUGGCAGGAUCAAAAUUACGGUUCGAUCCACGUCCACCUCGAUCGUCAGACCGGCGGGGAUGAUUUCGGUCGACCUGCCAAUGCCGGCUUCGACUUUUCCGUCCCCAUCCCCAGCGCCAACAAGUCUGAUUCCCUUUCCGACGACUACCAAAAUAUACGGCGAGAGUUUGUGCUUACGCACGACAAGCACCCGGGGGACUCGCGCAAGAUCGUCCAGCUCCAAUGUACCCACUGGCCGGACUUUGACGUACCUACUUCGCCAGAAGUACUUCUUACGCUCAUCCGGGACGUUGCGGACGCGCGGAAAGAGGUUGAGCCGGGACCGCCAGCACAACAGGACGCGCCGGUCCUCAUCCAUUGUUCGGCGGGCAUCGGGCGGACGGGUUCAUUCAUCCUCGUCGAUUCGAUCCUGGAUGGCCUGAAUCGUCAGCGCCAGACGGAGGAGGAGAAGCGUCAGGCUGUCGAGGCGGCGAGACACCCGGUUCUAAGCGAGGAUUACGCCAUAACCAAGCCUAUCAAGGCGCGGAAACUGAGCUCGGUUCAGGCUGACAGCUCGUUCUCUAGGGGGUUGGGACAUAGUGGUCGGGUCAAGUCGGUAUCGUUCGCUUCGGGCGACAAGACGCUAUCGGACCAUGAGAAGCGGAGACAAAGCGCCUCGUCUGGACUCCUCACGGGUCUUUCGCCUAUCCCUCCACACGAAAAGGCGCUCUCGGCGCCGGUCAAACCUCACGCUCAGUCCCACACCCAAGGUCAGGCUCCAGGGUUCGACUGGUUACCCCCCGGAUCGGCCAUUGCCAAGGCCAAGCAGGCGGGGGAGGUUGACAAUGAUGCGAUGGAGGUGGAUUCGCCGGCAGAGUAUCCCGCGACGACGGCAGCGUCGGAGAAUAACAGCACUAUUGAUCAGUGGUUGUCUUACCGCGAGGACAAGGGGACUUCGGAUGCGGGCACGACGACAGCGGGGAGACGGCCGAGUAUGGCGGACCCGGAACACCCCCAGCCUAUCUCGGGACCCAACGAGCGCCCUCGUUCCCCUACUCCGCUGGACGAUAUGCAGACGCCAGUAUUGGAGGUGCUGGAGAGUAUGCGGGUACAGCGGAUGAGUCUUGUGCAGAGUCUCCGGCAGUUUGUGUUUGCGUACAAGGUGAUCAUCCACCAGACGUUCGCGAUGCUAGACGAGGACAAUGCGCGCGCCGCCGCUGCUCGCAAAGGCAGUAAAGAUACGCUCACAUCCAUGAGUACGACGACGGACGAUGACGAUACGUCCUCCAAGAGACGUGCGAGCCCGACGGAGCUGGUGCAUGAUCGUCCGAGUAUGGAGGUGGAGGGGGAAGAGAGGCAGUCGAGUGUGAAGGGGGCGUUGGGGCGGAAGGCGAGUGUCAAGAGGAUGAAGCAGGAUGUUGUGGGCGAGUAG